CCCACUCCACACUUUACUUUAUAACACACAUCACAUGUGACUCUUCGUCCUCACCCCACCCUCUCCCUCUACUAAUCUCCAACUCUUCACAAACUCUCCCUGCAUCAAUGGCACCCACACUUGUCCACACUCUCACCCCACUAUGUCUGCUACUAAUACUCGCACAAGCCACUGUGGCCAACACAGCUGUUGGGGACGCCACGAAGCAGCUCUCGCUGCACCUAGACACCGAAGAUAUGUCGAUGAUGUCAGUUUUCGAUGAUGUGGUGGAUGCAACCCAUGAUGACGAAGAGUUAUUGGUUUCCGGUGGUAGGUCUUUGCUGUGGUGGCGUAUGAGAUACUACAUUUCGUAUGGUGCAUUGUCGGCGAACAGAAUCCCGUGUCCUCCACGCUCCGGGAGGUCUUACUACACUCACAAUUGUUGGAGAGCUAGAGGCCCCGUCCAUCCUUAUAGUAGAGGUUGCUCCACCAUCACUCGUUGCCGCCGGUGAACUAUUCCUUCCGCCCACUAUUCAAAUUGAGGUUUGCUUAUUAUAUAAAUUCAAGGUCGUGUUGUUUCGAUGAUAAUAAUGUGUUUCAGAAUUGGAUCUGUUAAUAAUUUGUGUUUAUAGGACUUUGAACGUCCAAUUAUUGUUUGUAUUAGAUAUUCUUGAAUUGAACAACACUAAUAAUUAUUGUGUUUA